AUGUCUAAGAGCACCGGAUCCUGCCUUUGCGGCAAAGUCACUUACGAGAUCGAGGGUGGUCCCUUGAAUAAGGCGCUCUGCCACUGCAACCAAUGCCAAAAGAACAGCGGUAGCAUCUAUACAACCAACAUAGUCAUCAACAACGACUUCUUCAAGUCCACGGGCAAAACCAAAUCCUACUCCACCAAAGCCGAGUCCGGUCGCGUUGUCACCUUCGUCUUCUGUCCCGAAUGCGGAUCCCCACUGUGGCGCGAGGGCGAUAUGGCGCCUGACGCUAAGGUGGUGAGAGCUGGAACGCUCGAUGAAAAGAGCGCAAGAGAGGAUGCCGUGCCGCUUGCCGAGGUGUACACUGAGAACAGGGCGGAGUGGUUGAAGGAGCAGCACGAUACCAAGCAGUUCCCUAAGAUGUUUUAA